UUCCGGAAACAUUUUAUUUUUUCCGGAAAGUUUAUUAUAUUUUUCUUCCGAAAUUUUUAUAUUUAUAUUUGUCAUCCGGAAAGUUGGUAAUAUAAAAGUAAUAGAGAGAGUAAGGUAUAUAUAUAUUUCCGGAAAUUUAUAUUCCCCUUCCGGAAAGUUAGAGAGGAUUGUUUUGUUUCCGGAAACUUUUAAUAUUCCCUAACAUAUUAUUUCUAUUAUUAUUUUUAAAACUAAGAACUUGACGUACCGGAAAAACGGAAACAAUUAACGACAACAGUAACUGAUUUGGAAGAUGCGUUCCCCGAUUAUCUCGAAGCAGAAAUUGAUUCAACCGACCCGUUAGUGCCUGGACACAGCGAAUUAUUUGGAAAAAGAUUGCUUAUAAAAAAUUUUUUGUCCAAACCACUUCCACCCUCCCUAGCAAAAUAUUACCUUCCUUUGUCUCAAUUUACUAUUGAAGAGGAAGGGCAACGAGAAAAUGUUCCCGGUGUUGUGCCAGUUAGACGGCAACAACCACCAGUUCAAACAACAAAUCUGUCAGGCUCUUCUCCUCGAAAAAAGUCACAACAGAAGCGGGUUUCCAACAACAAAGAAGCUUCCUCCUUCUUGUUGAAGCCUGAAAGGGAAGGUGGCGGCUAUGUUUCGGGGGUAUUGCCUCUAAUACGUCAAGUACAUUUUGAACGGACAAACACUGUUUGGAAUAUUGGGGAAAUUAAAAAAAAAUAAAUUUAGAUGAGUUCUCACGCAACAUUUGUAGUGGAAAAUAACAGCCGUCGACCACUAAUAGCUAAUGAUGGAUUUGAAAACGUAAUUGCUUCCCUCAAAGGAAAUGCUUUAAUAGAAGAGCAUUGCCAAAGAAUUGUUCAACAAAAUUUUCAACAACUUAAAAUAGCUAAUGGAAAUGAGGAUAUUGAAAUUCUUCAAAAUUCUUGUGAAAUGUUAAUUAUUGAAGAAAUCCCCAGUAAUUUUGAAGAAGAAAUUAAUUUCCAGUCAACCUCUGCCGAAAUUAAUUUUUUGGACAAACAAAUUCAACAACAAAAUCGUCCCAACACAACAACAAUAAAAAAGGAAAUAACAAAAAUGUUUAGCAGUAAAUUGGGGGGAAGAACACAAAAUAAUCGAAAACAAGAUAAAAGACUUCAAAAAGAAGUUUUGGCUGAAAGAAUGGAAGAAAGUAUUGGAGGGAUUGGAGGGGUUGUCGAUGAAGUUAAAAGUGAAGAAUUAGAUUAUUAUGAGGAAAAAGAAUAUACGGCUGCAUUUGCGGCUCGACCCAAAAUUAGAAGAACACCUCCAAAAUUGCCAGAUGAUGAGGGGUUAUUGGAUGAAGAAUAA